GUAACACAACCACUGCAGAAAUGCGAUGUAGUAAUUCGUUAAGUAAUAACUAUUUACUAUUCAUUAAAAAAAAAUCUUCCCAGUGCAGAGUCACAAAUGGUUGCUCAUCAACAGCCUCCAACAAUGGUUCUGGAAAAACUACUCUGUGCCUAUGACAGAUUAUUACUAAGUAUACAUUUUCACUUUUAUUUUCCUUUCCGUGUGUGACAUCCGCAUAUUGUCUUGUGUGCCAUAUAUAUACCGCAAUGUAUACAAAUUUUUGAGACAUUACGAUUUUCGACAAACACACCGAAUAAUUUAUCAUUCACUGCUCUGCAAUGGUGUUCAAAUCAGUUGUAUGCGUUUUGGCGUCUAUUCAACUGGUCAUUUGUGCGCUGCCUAACUCGUUUGAAAUGCCAUCCAAUGGUAUGCUACCGAGUCCUGUUACGUAUUUUGAAGGCGUACAAAAUGAAAACAAAACAAAUGCUGGAAGGUCUCCUGAGGCUAGAUUUGGAUACAUACCGUCUUCUUUUGGCGGAGCCUCGACUGGAAUGGGCGGAUAUCAAGGAAAUUCAAUCAGUAGCUAUGGAUCCAAUAAAAUUGAUAUAGGAGGUCUAGUUGUUGGCGCUGUCGUAGGGCUUGGUAUUUUAAUUUUCAUCCCGAAGAUUCUUUACUUACUGUUUUCAACAACCAAUCUUUUUGGUGCUCAUCCAGUUGGCAGCAGUUACUCAGGAUAUGGAAGGAGUGAGGAUCUAAUGUCUGGUUUAAAUGGUAUAAUCACAAAGUUUGAAGAGUCCAUGUCCAAAUAUAAUAUAAAUACAACAGAGUGUAUKCAAAAAGCACUUUGUACUUAUAUACAGUCCACGGAACAAGUUAAAGAAAAAUCAGCAGUCAACAAUUUUGUGGACACUUCAAUAAAUACAUUAACACAGAACUCUGUAAUGAAUUUUAUGAUUGAUGGUUCAAGAUUCAAAUCAGCUCUUGAAGCUGGGAAGAAUGGAGAGUGUACGAAAACCUAUAAACUAUGUCCAUUCGACCAAAACAGCAUUUAUAUGUUCUUAAGACAAAUUUCUACUAAAAAUAAAAGAAGUGUUCAUACUGUAAAUAGAUAAUGAUGGUAUUUGUCUCAAGUUCAACGGCCGGCUUUCCAAUAAAUUCAGCAACUCCAUAACUGUUAUAAGAAAUUAUAUAUUACAAAUUCUACUAAAUAUUAAAAUACUAACACAUUAUUGUUUGUA